GGUUUUGAGAAGUCAUACGGCGGUGAUCCUCAUCAAUCACAAACUAAUAUGCUCCUUAUGCUUUCCAAUAAAUAACAAAAAAAAAUCAUGAUUCUAUUUUCUCGAACAAUUACAAUACAUGUAAAGCAUCCCUGACGCUGAUCGUGCACGCCAAUAAACUUCUCAAAAGAUAACUAGACUUCCUCAAGUCAGCAAUGGCGCGCUCUGCAAUGUGGACCCUAAAACCAGUAUGAAUGCUACUUUUCCUAUUUUGAUUCUUAAUUUUCUUUCAUUUUCUUUUCCUAUGUUGUUGGCUGAAGUAAGAGGAGAGCCAUCUCCGAUUACCUAAUUCUCCUUCACCCACCACCCAUUUUCCUUCAGAAACAUACAAAUUAUAACCGAAAUUCCAGUGGCUUUUGUUUCCGAUUCCAGUUGCUUUGUAUUCAACGCAUAGGUAAGGAGAUUCCGUGGAAAGCCUCCAGCGAGUCUUGAUGGAUUUUUCUACAUUGAUCUUGAAGUGAUUUUAUGGAAGAUUGAGAUUUAAUUUUAUAAAAGUUGAAGUGUUUCUCAAUGACGGCUGAAGUAGCAGCAGCAGCAGCAGCAAUGGGGGCAUUGACCCAAGCCAAGACAGCAUUCUGGGCUCCAAUUGUGGACACAAUUGCCUCUUCAAAUGACAUGGAGGAGAUUUACACAGCAUUAAAGGAGGCAAUUGCAAUGUUAGGUGCUAAAAGGGAUGAUCAUCAAAAUGCAAUCCAAAGACAAAAGAUAAAGAUGCCUUCUAAAACUUAUGAUCAAUGGAUUCACAGAGUUAUUAAGACUGAAGAAGAAGUGAAGAAACUACUAGCCAGAUAUGAUAAACAAAGUGAAAGCUCACAAACAAUUUGCUUUCUUCCACGCUCAAAUUUCAGCAAUGAGAUGAAAAAAAAGGGUGAGAAAGUAAUAAAACUUUUGGAGGAUAGCAAUCAACUUGGAAGUAUUUUGGUUGAUCAACCACUGGAACCUGUUAUCAAGCUGAUAGCACCAAAUAUAAAAAAGUUUUCAACACUUCAAAUGCCACUAGAAGAGACAUUGGAUUUGCUGAAAAAAGACAAAGUUAAAGGAAUUGCAAUCUCCGGAAUGAUGGGGACUGGGAAAACAGCCAUUAUGAAGAAUUUGAACAAUCAUGAAGAAGUAGCCAAAAGAUUUGAUAUGGUCAUGUGGAUAAAGGUUUCAGCAGGGGAGAGCAACGAGAAUUUGGACAUGAGCCAGUUGCAAAAAGCUAUUGCUAAAAGGUUGAAAGUGGAUAUGGAAGGCAGUGAUUCUGAUGACAUUGCCGAGAGAACAUCAAAUGAGUUGAACGGAAAAAGGUAUUUGCUACUUCUGGAUGACGUCAAAGCAGACCUUGAUAUACAUCAAAUGGGAAUCCCUCCUUGUGAGAAUGGGAGCAAGAUCGUAUUGACAACUAGAGAGAGCCAUAUUCGUUUCCCAAGAGUGGAUAGGGUGGUCAAGGUGACAUAUUUAUCUCCUAAGGAAUCAUUCAGAAUGUUUCAAGAUGUAGCAAAUUGCCCAAAACUUAAAGAUGAUCGUGAAGCAGAGGCAUGUGCGUGGAAAAUAAUCAGAGAGUGCGGUGGUCAUCCACUUUUAAUAAAUAUAAUAGCUAGUGUGUUCCAAAAGAAAGACUUGAAAUUAUGGAGUGAAGGAUUUAAAAGCUUGAAAAGAUUUUCAGAAAAAGGUCAACAUGAAUUGAAAGAAUUGAGGAAUGUGAUAAAAUUCUGUCAUGAUGAUCUGGAAGAUACUCAAAGGAAAUGCUUACUAUAUGGUGUGUUAUAUCCUGAAGAAAUUCCCAUUUACAUAGAUUGUUUGUUGGAAUGUUGGGAAGCUGAGGAUUUCCUUGGAAAUGGUGGUGAUUCAAGAAAGUCAUAUAUCAAUGGAAUUCAUAUAUUGAAUAGCCUUAAGGACAAGUCAUUACUCGAGGAAGAUGAGAGUCGAAAGUAUGUUAUGAUGCACAAAUGUAUCAGACAGGUACUCUUAUAUAUCUUGUCAGAUGAUCCUAACUAUAAACUUUUGGUGCAACAAACGCCCCCAGAUGCAAAAUGUUGGAGAGAAAAGAUAUGGAUCUCUUUGAUUGAAAACAAGUUUGACAAGUUACCGGAUUGCCCAAAUUGUGGCUCGCUCUCCACACUCUUCCUACAGGAAAAUUUGGCUUUGAAGAGUAUUCCUGCAUCAUUCUUUGAGCAAAUGACUAGUCUCAAAGUUUUGGACUUGUGUCAUACAGGAAUUGAGUUAUUACCAUCAUCUCUAUCACAAGUGAUUGGUCUCAAAGUGCUUUAUCUAAGGUAUUGUGAAUAUUUGAAGGAACUCCCAUCUAGUUUCGGAAAACUUGAACAUCUUGAAGUGCUUGAUAUCCAGGGCAGUGGGUUCAAUAAUAUACCGUCUUAUAUUGGAAAUUUGAAUGGUCUAAGGCAUUUUCGAGUUUCCUUUGCCAAAUGCAAAGGUGAAAAUGAUACUACAGAGGUGGAGUUUAAUUGCAAUGUGAUUUCCAAGCUUUCUAAAUUGGAAGAAUUGGUCAUUGAUGUGAAAUCACUGAGACACAAAUCCAAUAAGGUGGUAGUGAAUAUCAUAAAAAAUGUGGUUACUUUGAAAAAGUUGACAAAACUUCAAUUUUGCUUUUUAGAUGAGGUUGUAGAUGUCAUUGAGGUGGAGACUCCCACUACUGAUCUCCGAAUCAAUGUUCCUGAAGCAAACAUUCUUUACACUUUUAUUGAGGAAACCCGCUCAUGGAGAAACAUCAGACGCAUCCGGUCAUUUCAAUUUUUCAUUGAUUGCCCAGACUCAAAAUACCCUUGUAUUCCUAAAUUUUAUGAAUACAAAAGGUAUGUUAGAUAUUGCAAUGGUGAAGGCAUCAAUCAUCCAAUUUUUGAGGUCCUCGCUAAUGUUGAUGCAUUCGAUUUGGUGAACAAGAAGGACAUCAAGCAACUAUCAGACUUGGGAAUUCCAAGCAUGAAAGAGGUACAAGGUUGUCAAAUUGAAAGUUGUAGUGCACUUGAAACAGUUGUGGACACUGUAAUAUUGCCCAACGUAAAGCAUUUAUACAUGAAGAAUUUACCAAAGCUGCAAAACAUUUGGAAUGAUCGAGUGGAUCUUGCUAGUCUAACCAAACUGAAGACUCUGGUUUUGAGUAGUUGUCAAAUGUUGAGAAUUAUUUUUCCUUUGGUUGUGAUUCAACAUAUUCGUGAAAUUGAAUGUUUAAAGAUUGAAGACUGCCCAGAAAUUGUGGAAGUAGUCGAGCAAUCUGCAACCACUGGAAAUCAGGAACUUUUGCCAAAAUUGAGAAAAAUAGUACUUUGUGGCCUGCCAAAGUUGGGAAGUAUUUGCACAGAUGAGUCAUUGAAGUGGCCAGCCUUGGAGAAGCUCAAGAUUCAUAGUUGUCCAGCCUUGCUCAAACUACCAUUCAGCAAAGAUAAUGCGGAGAAUCUGAAACUUAUCCAAGUAGAGCAGCAGUGGUGGGAGAAUUUGCAGAAUCGAGAGGUCAAAGAGCAACUUCAACAAUUUUGCACCUUCAGGUAAUGUUUUCAUCUUAAUAGUGUUUUUGUCAAAAUAAUUUGCAUAGUUUCCUACCUAAUUCUAAGCUUAACAUGAAGAUCCUAGAUUAUACAACCGUGGUGUUCAUGAGUUGGUCCAAAGAGCUUUCCGAGAGAUCAUGUUCUUAGAAGUUUGGGUUUCUUUGCAUCCUCCUUCUGUUUGUUGAUACAUUCCAGUGGUUGUGGAGUUCUCCUGUUUUUUUUGAUUUCCUUCUUGUUUUUGUUCUGGUUGUUCUCUCGUUCUGUUUGGCAAGACAUAUAUAAGAAAUUAAAAACCAAAAUAUGAUGAUGAAGGCUUAAGCUUCUUGUAUCAUAUUAUUAUUUAUAAUUUGAAUCACUAUUUUGCGUUUGUUUGAGACAUUUAAAAGUUCAUAAUACUGUUGCUCUCUCUCCAUAA